AUGGUGUGGUUUCAGUGUGAGGAUUGUGGAGACAACCUCAAGAAACCCAAGUUGCCGGGUCACUUCAGGUCCUGUUCUGCUCGCAAGCUAUCAUGCAUUGAUUGCGGAGAGAUGUUUGGGCAAGAAAGCGUUCAGAGUCACACACAAUGCAUUACUGAGGCAGAAAAAUAUGGUCCAAAGGGACAAGGGAAAGCUUUGAAUGGUGGGGGAGCCAAGCCCAACAAGGAUUCAAAACAGCAACCUGAUUUUGAUAUUACUGUUGGGUUAUCUAAACGCUUUCCGUGGUUUUGUAGUCUUUGCAAUACUAAAGCUACUAGUGAGCAGACCCUGCUGCUCCAUGCCGAAGGAAAGAAGCACAGGGCAAGAGCCCGAGCAAUCCACGCUGCAAAGCAACAGCCUAAGCAGCCGGAAGAAUCUGCCCUGGAUACAAAACCUACACCUGAGAAUAAACAAAUUGAGGAACCUAAAUUGCAGGAUGCAUCUAGAGUCAAUGCGGAGCAAAACAGUUCUGAAGCAGGGAAUGGAACUUUGUUGUCAGAGAAAAAGAGAAAACUUGAUGCAUCCAAGAAUGAUGAAUCAAGGAAGAAGGCUAGGGAUAAUACAUCAGAUGAAGUGAUUCAGAGUGGGAAGACAGAAGCAAAUGGAAAGGAGAGUCAGUUGGAGAAAGAUAAGUUGGUGGAAUCUAGCUCUGCUAAGAAUGAAUCCAGUAUGAAAAUAAAGUGGAAGAAGUUGAUCACAUCAACCUUAAAAUCGAAUGACGGAGUCCUAAAGAUGAGGAAAUUGAAAAAACUUGUUCUGAAGGCUAUUGAAGAAUCGGGCAUAACAGAUGAUGAAGCCAAAUUGAGUGAUAUGCUUGAUCACAAGAUCAAUUCAAGCUCCAGAUUUAAAGUUGAGAACAAGCAUGUUCAUUUGGUGGCCAAGGAUUAA